GCUCAGCUGACUAAAGACCAGGCAGUGGUCAAGGAUAAGCUGAAGGCCACUCGGAAAGAGGCAGAGAAAUUAAACUCUUCAGUCCUACUCUGUAAGGUGAGUUUUCUACAUUUGAAUUGGCUAUUUUGCACCUGUUGUAAUUUUUGCAGUCUUUCGCCAUAGCAUUCAAUUGUAGAACAUGCCAACAAACUUCCCAUGGGGGGUUACAAAUUGUUGUGCUACUGAAAAAUGAAGACCACGGUCUUUGAGGUGGGGUGUAAUGUUGCAGAACAUUCAGAUAGAAAUGUGUCAUGUAAAGUGCCUGUCAGAUGGAUCAGGAAAUCGUGUCUGUGCUAUUUAUUGCGUUUGUCUGCAACGUUCAGAAUGUAUCACAUCACUGAAAAAUCCAACACAGUUCUGUUUAGUCUACUUGCCCCCCUUGCAGGCGUUCCGCCUAGCCCUGAUCAGCAAGGUGGGGCUGAGCUGUGACCGCUACAACACUGAGGCCCGGAGGAGGGUGGACGAGCUGGAGAGCACAGCUUCGGAUUGGAGCCGUGCGCUUGAAGAUGACAUCACAGCUCUGAUGAGCAGAGGCGCUGCGCUGGAGCGGGUGAUUGGCUCCUCAGACUCCUUUGAGCUUCUUAAUGUGAGUUAUUGGGCGUGUUCGACAUUGCAGCCGACUUGAGUCGAGAGACUGAUCUGCAUAUCACUUUAUAUCAUAAAUAACUGGGUCAUUCUACAGAUUCGGUGCCUUUUGUGAUUGAGGAGGAUGAAACAAUGAACAUUAAUCUUAAGCUUUUUUUUAUUUGAUGUGACAAAGUAAUGUGUGUACUUGAUAGAAAAUACCUUUUCCCAUCUCAAUGUAGAGUAUUAAGUUAUUAUUCUAUAUUAUUUUCUCAAACAAGUCCCAAUUUAAUUCAACCCCGUCACAGUCAUUUUGUUAUUCAACUAUUCAUUUUUCCAAUAAGCUUGAGAUCAGCUUCUGGCAUAAUCUCACAGUUUAGAUGUCCCUUGUAAAUAAUGGCAUAUUGUAAUUAAAGAGAAAAUCAAGAAACUGACCAGCACCAUCCUUUCCAGUUUACGAUGAAGACAUUUCUAAUCUAACUCCACAUUUUCGCAAGAAAUGUGCAAAAAUGCUGCGUAAUUCCUGACAAAAUUGAAAUAGCCUUAUUUACCCUGAUUUAAUACACACAAUAAAAACACUAUUGAUGUUAUAUUUUGUGUAUUUAAUACAAAAAUGUAAAAAAAUAAUCUCGUAACAGGGAUGAAUGCACCGCAACAGGGUUGAAAAUCAUGUAACAGGGUUGAGUGAAAAGCAUCACGUGUCAUGUUUUAUCUUUUGAGAUCACUAACAUGUUGCCAUUUUUUAAACAUUUUAAACAUUUUUAAACCUACUGUCAACAUAGCUUUUAAAAUCUAAAGAAUCUAGAUGAAAGCUAGACAGAGUAAAACACAUUAAUGAACUAAUAACAGUAACAACAUUUCAUUGAUUUCAUAAAAAUAUCCAUCUGAUAAAGGCAGGAGUCUGAACAUUGAGCAAACAUCUUAACAUUGUUAACCUAUAUAGGUCACAUGUUGCCAUUUUUUAACAUUUUAAACUACUGUCAACAUAGCUUUUAAAGUUUAAACAAUCAAGAUGAAAUCUAGACAGAUUAAAACACAUUAAUAAACUAACAACAGUUACAACAUUUUAAUUGAUUUCAUAGAAAUAUCCAGAGUAAUGGCAGGAAUGUCUGUUGUUUGAAUGUUUGAACAUUAAGCAAACAUCUUAACAUUAAUAACCUAUAGGUAAGCCUACAGUUUGUUCACCAUUUUUACUGAGAGAGCCUAGCCCACACUUCCUUCUGUAUUUCCAUGUGCCUAGAAGUCACCGGUUUAGGGGGAUCAAUGUGUUCCAAGAUGUCCUCAAAUGGAUACCACAGGAUAUCAUCAAGAAGUGGCCAGAAGUACCUAUUUGGUCCAGCACAGCACAUGCAUUUGACCUGCACAUGGGAUUCAUCUGUGGCUAGAAUUAUUCCGGGAUAGAAAUCGUCAUCAUAUUUGGCCACGCACCAUUUCCCGCAUAUGUCUGGAUUUGCCCAAUCAACCUCCCUCUGUGACACGACUGAUGUAACUUUAGGGGUAAAUGUGAAAUGUUGUGUAUUGAAACACUGGCAUUCCAGUUUCUUGUUGUGGACUGUGCACAUACAGCUUACAUCACGGUAGGCAAUUUGCCUUGCAGCCACACAAACAACUUGGUGGAUCCGCAUUGUGGAUGGAACUACUGGCAAAUUGGCUGGCAUACAUUGGACGGCUUUCUCGAUGGCCUCGUCUUCAAUGAAGUAAAGCUUGAUGGCAGUGUUGUUCUCCUCUAAGACCCUGUACAGAGUAUGAGCAUUUGGGAUGUCACAUCCUUGACUUAUCAGCCUGUCUGCGGUUCUUUUUAGGGUUGCACCAACACCAUCUGGUGCUCCCUUCCCAUGUCCAGGAGAAUUACCUGACCACCGGCGCGCGGAUGUCCCUCACCUUCCUCUCUGUGUGUUUCCUUUCUGCUGCUGUUUUUUCCAUUGUUGAAUCUGAAAUUGUAGGUCAAGGUCAAGUCAAUGAACUGCUUACUCUUCAAGACUAAAUAUUGUAUCCUUUUAAUCACUAUGUAGUAAAAUGAACAUGAACUUGCAGAUAAUACUCCUAAAUAUGUCAAUGUAUAUAGGAGAGAGAACAAAUUAAUUGUCACUUUUUUUAAGUUAUUAUUUUCAAAAAUUCCUCGUACUUUUAGUUGAUACUGUAAAACCGUAAACAACAAACAUUCAACAAGAAAAUAUGAUUGGUAUUAAGCAAUAUACAUUAAAUAUUGCUAAGAUUUAACAGCUAUUCAACCCUGUAACAGCCAUUCAACCCCGUAACAUUGAAAAAUGUGAUGGGGUUGAAUGUGACAGGGUUGAAGAUUUUGUGCUAAUCUGUUCCUAAUUCGGGAUGCUAGCAGCUAGCAGUGUGCCACAUGGCCUUAUUCAACAAAAUACAUUGUUAUACUUCAUAGCUAUAAAAACAAUUCUUGGUAAAAUCUUACCUAUGAAUUCCCCCCCCCCCCCCAACAGAGUUGAAUACCUGAGAUUGACAAAGCCCAUAUGUGCUUAAAAAACAUGAAAUAUUUAUAAAAAGUGAGAGAGCAGCUUACCACUUGUCACACCAGGCUUCUCUGAAGACUUGUAUGAUGUCACUUCCUCAUAAAUGAUGUCCACAGGAUCAAACCAUUAUUUAAUUGUGAGUGGGGGUAUUGUUGCGUUACGGGGUUGAAAGAAAUAAAAGGACAGGGGUAAAAGCCUGAAUUUCUCAGAAAAUAAAAUGUCUUAUGCUGAGAAAAUGGAUUAUGCAUAAUAAGGGGGCAUAUACAAUUAAUUUAACAAAAAAAAAGCAUUAUUAUUUAACACUGUGUACUCAAAAUGAGUCACGCCAUUUGCAUGAUGGUCAAUAGGGACAGGCGAAAUUCUUAAUACUCCUAAGAAAAGCAAACAUAUAUAAGUAUUGAAAUUCAUCUCUGUUUAAAAUCAUAUUCUCUACUCCAUAUUAAAAACAUGUAAAACUUUGAAAUGUUGUAAUUUAAGUGUAGUUUGAUAAAUGUUCUGACAAGUUAUAACACUAGUACAUCUUGGGACACUGACAAUGCUGAAAUGUCACCGAAUCUGUACAAUGACCCAACUACAUGUUAUUUGUAGAUCAGUCAGUCACAUUUCGCCCUGUGAUGAAUCAUGGUUUGGAUUUUCUCGAACACUGCCUGAAUCGAUUGUACUCUUCUCCCGAAGUAUGCGCUUGUCUUGCACUACCAGUCAUGGAUGCAACUAUGGUGGAAACGCCUUCCAGCCAAUGCUUACACCAAUCUAAUGCUUUUAGAUCCAAGACAUGGAGAAUCUAGACUCUGCCAUCAUUGCAGGUGGAUCAACAUGCUUGUAUCAUGCAUGUAUGUUUAACUCCAUGAAUUCAUUAAAUCUCUCGCUCUUUCUCCUUUUAGAUCCUUCCCUCUCUCCCUUCUACUCCUCCAGAUGGAAACAGAGGACCAUUCAGCGUCAACAUCCCCACGGAUCUAUACGGAAACCUUCUGAAGAAUUUAAUGAAUCACAUCGCCGAACUAUCCAAGAUGGCCUACUUGUCUACAAAUGGCAAUGCUGGCUCAGGUCUGUAGUCCAUUCAGCCUUUUAAAUCUUAAUGGAUGCCUUUACACAGGAAGCCCAAUUCGGAUCUAUUGCCCAAUUAUUGGCAUAAGAUCUGGGUUGCUUUCCCUUGCUCAGACUUUGCAUGCAUUGCCCAAUGGUAGCAUGCCACUUCAUCGCCGGGCACUGGAGUCCUAAAACAUGUGGUCAGCUAAUAGUUAAAAUUCUUAUCCUGGCAUUCGUCCGCAACGCCUGUGCAAAGGAACGCACCCCUGAUCUGAUUGGUCAAAAGACCAAUUGGGCUGCUUUUACACAGGUAGCCCAAUUCUGAUAUUUUUUCACUAUUUGGUCUUUUGACCAAUCAUCUCUGAGAAAGAUCUGAUGUGAUUGGCCGAAAGACCAAUUGGUGGAAAAAGAUCAGGUUUGGGCUGCCUGUGUGAACGCAGCCAAAGAGUCAGAUUAUACACAGAAUACAAAACAUUAAAAACACCUGUUCUUUCCAUGAGACUGACCAGGUGACAGCUAUGAUCCCUUAUGGAUGUAACUUGUUAUAUCCACUUCAAUCAGCUUAGAUGAAUGAUGACAUUUGAGACAUGGCUUGUGUAUGUGUGCCUUUCAGAAUGAAUGGACAAGACAAAAUAUUUAAGUGCCUUUGAACGUGGUAUGGUAGGUGCCAGGUGCACCGGUUUGUGUCAAGAACUGCUAUGCUGCUGGUUUCUUCAGGCUUAACCGUUUCCUGUGUAUCAAGAAUGGUCCACUACCCAAAGGACAUCCAGCCAACUUGAGAACUGUGGGAGGCGUUGUAGUCACAAUGGGCCAGCAUCUCUGUGUGGCAGUUCUGAAAGCAAGAGGGGGAUGCACCUCAAUAUUAGGAAGGUGUUCCUAAUGUUUGGCAUUCUCUGUGUAUAUGCAGAGGGGUAUCCUAUGAAGCAAGCUAGAUCUACUCAGGUUUUUUUAAAGCAAGUUGGCUUCAAAUUCCACCUCAGGCUUCAUCUGUACUAUGACGUUGGCUAUUGCUCAUCCGCCUAACGCUAACUCUAGCAGGCUUGUAACUGCGCAUGCAUGUCGCACUUGGCCAGUCGAACGUCAAACUCUUCAUUGAAACGUCAAUCCAUGGGCUAGUCAGUGCCACACUUUCAUUUGUGCCAAAAUAAAAAUGAAGUUGGUUGUCUUGCAAAUUCAUCAGGCUAUGGUGGGAAAUGGGCUUUAGAAAUGCUGGUCCUCAACUCCGACACUUCUUUCAGGAUAAAUGGAGUUAGCCUGCCCGGGAGCAGGUUGGUUCUGAAGGGUUUGUUGCCAUAAACAUUUACAUGACUUAAAGGUGAGUCACAUUCGUAUGAGUUAUCCCAAGAUGAACUCGGAGCUGACCUAAGAUACCUCACAACUCCUCAAACCUGAUUAGUAGGAUACUCCUCUGGUUCUAGAUCAGCACCCCUAGUAUGACAACAUAUGAAUACGGGCCCAGAUGUACUACAUUACAUAUUUGCAGUUGUAUGUUUUCUAAUAUUUUUUUUACAUCUGUUUAUCCCUCAGAGAUUUCCUUGGUUAAAGAGUUCACAGGUGAGCAAAUGUGUAAUCCUGAGUCUGCCUCCAUGUUGUGUAUUAUAUUUAGUGUAUGGUGUGUUGCUAACCUUAUGUAUGCUAAACUUUGAAAAAUGAAUUCAACAAUUGAUUGUAGUUUUCCUCUACCCCUAUCCCUCCACCUCUCAGUUGAGGUGACACCUGACCCCAGCACAGCCCACCCAUCGCUCCUGUUCAGAAGGGGGUCCCGUGGUUGUGAGAUUAGAGUGGACCGGAGCAAGAUCUAUAGGAAGUUCCCCCUGUCUGCCCAGCGCUUCACCCAGGUGCCUUGUGUCCUCGCCACCCAGGGGUUCAGCAGCCACCGAGCAUACUGGGAGGUUGAGGUGGAGGACUGGGUUGGAAAUGGAUCUGAUGUGUGGUUUAUUGGUGUGGCAACUGAGUCCUCCAUGACAUCUCGAGGGGUGAAUCUCACCCCUGAGAAGGGCUUCUGGGUCCUGGUACACCGUGAGGGGAAGCUUUGGCCCGCCACGACCCCCAACCCUGCCGCGACCCCCAACUCUGCCAUCACCCCUAUGGCUGUUGUAACACAAAUGAUAAGGGUAUGUAGAGCAUAGUUGUAUACAGGGCACACUUGGCCCAAAGUGCUCACCAGUCUAGUACAUAUCUAUGGAAGGUGUUUAAAUAAAAUAAAUACUUUUAAAUGUCUCGUUGCCAAUCGAGGGUGAAAUCUCACUGGGAUAUUUGACAUGGUGAAAUAGGUUGUUUUAGUUGGCUUCAUGCAUGUCUUUGGAGCUAGCCUUCGAAGUAUCAUGAGUAUGUGAAGAUACAAGUUUAGAUAUUUGACAUUAUAUCCACAGCUUUAAUUUUAAGUCAAAUGUAAUAAAUAUCCCAGAGGGGCAAUUUUUUCAAAUACAAUGUUCAUUUACUUCAUUAAGUAACUUUUUAUUAAUGAGCUUUACACUUUACAGGCACAUGUGGGUGUGUACUUCGACGGGCAGGAGCGACGCAUGUCAUUCUACGACGUUCAUCUUGGUCGUCACCUCUACACGUACGACCACAUCCCAACCAAUGAAAGACACUUCCCCGUCUUCAGCCCCGAUUUCUUCCGCCCUGCAUUCAAUCCUAUCAACCUCGCCAUGAUCGUUACAACCCACACUGCCGCAAACCACCUACGUGGACGAUGA